ACCCGGCGGCCCAGCUUCCUCUUCACCAGCCCAUCCCACCUUCCCGUACCGGUUCGAGCAUCUCCUUGGCGUCUUCCUGGCAGGGGCACGAGAGAGGCGUGAGCCUGUAAUGGCAGACGUCACCCUCCACCAGCCUGGCCUCCACCUCUCCUCCCCUUUUAAUCUGCAUCCGAGGACGCUCCUGGAAACCCUAGCCGCUCAUCCCUUCUCCCUCCCUCUGGCCGCCGCCAUCCUUUUCUCCCUCUUCUUUACCCUCUCUUUAUCUCUCUUCUCUGUAAGCAACGAACGGAGGAAAACCACGUCGUACCACCGCAGAAACCUCCACCUCGCUGCCGUUCCAGGCCGCCCCUCACUGUGCUGAUGCCACCGGUGGAUGCGCCUCGUCGCCCUCUCCAACCUCAUGCGAGGAAUCGAGCCGGGGCUCGCUCAAUCAAUGCCAGUUUCGCCGAUUCUCUUCUCCGGCUGUCACCCUCCGGCGAGGAUUCCGGCCACCUCCAUCAUCCCCUGGACAUUCUGCGGCCUUCUUCACGUUCCUGGUGAGCGGGCGCAUCUCUCAGACCUCUCCUCGUUCUCCCUCUCGUUCUCAAGUGCUCCACCGGCGUUGACCGCUGCUUGCCGCCGCAGGUGCUCGCCGUCGGCUCCGCUCCGGUGCCUCCCCGUCUUCAAUUCCGCCAGAUCCUGCAUCCUCACGAAGUUACGCGUCGAACGCGCCAUCUCCCUCGUCCUGAUUCGCGCGGAAGUGCCAGAUCUCUCCUCGACUGAGACGUCCUCCAUGGCCGAAUGUGUGCGAGCUCGACUUCCUGUUUUCCUAUGUGUUCAUGUCGUGCGCCCCAUCUUGUACAACAGUAACAUCUACCAGCGCAGUGAUCCACACGCAGAUGGGCCUCGGCCCGUAUCUCUCCCAGUGUAGCCAUCGCCCAGCGCGCAGCAGGCCGCUAUUCGCCGCUGCCUCUGCGCAGGUUCAGCCCAAUUCGCCCCUGCCUUUCCUCUCUUCUUUAUUUUUACAUAAUACGUGUCAUAUCUUGCAAACCGUAUAUCGAAAUAAAAUGUGUUCUAUAUGAAAAUUGAUCAGAAAAAUGCA